GCCGCACGUGGCGAGCGAGUGGGGCGAGCAACACCGGCCGCCGCCUCGCUCGGUUGGCCGCGCCUUCCCCCCGCAGGGCAAGCGCGCCAAGGCAGCGCCCCCUUCCCUGGCAGAGCCGUCCUUGAGGCUGGCGCUAAGCGCGGGAGCGGCUAAGUGCGGAGGAGAAACUCCCCGGGCGGGAAAGCAAAGCCGCUGCCAACCCGCCUGGAGCUACUGCUUCUUCCUCCUCCUCGCUGUCCCUCCGCAGCAGCGACUGCAAAAGCAGCGGGGACGAAAUUCCUGCGCAGCCAAACGCAUGCUGGAGAGGCAGCGCUCCCACUUGAAGGAGGCCUUUUCAACAAUUGCAAUCUUCAGCUCAAAAACACAUAGAAGAUGGAUGAAACCAUAGAGCUUUCUACUGAUGGAAACUCCUUGAUCAAAGCUGUGUAUCACAGCAGACUUCGUCUCACAAGAUUGCUGCUAGAAGGUGGGGCCUACAUCAACGAAAGCAAUGACCUUGGUGAAACCCCCUUGAUGAUCGCUUGUAAGACAAAGCAUGCGGAUCAUCAGAGUGUUAGUAAAGUAAAAAUGGUGAAAUAUCUUCUGGAAAACAGGGCAGAUCCAAAUAUUCAGGAUAAAUCUGGGAAGACUGCCUUGAUGCACGCCUGCUUGCAGAAAGCUGGCCCUGAAGUUAUUUCUUUACUGAUUAAAAAUGGAGCUGACUUAAGUUUACAAGAUCAUUCUGGUAAUUCAGUUCUUGUUUACUCAGUUAAGUCAGAGGAUAAGGAAAGCCUCAAAGUUAUUUUAGAUGCCUGCAAAGAGAAAGGCAAAGAAGUCAUUAUUAUUACAAAGGAUAUAUCUCCAUCUGGAAAGCAGACAACUAGACAGUAUUUAAACGUGCCGCCUCCUGACAAUGAGGAAUGUCUGUCUCCAAGUUCUUGCACUUCUCCAUCAGAUGUAGAAGUUAAAACCUCUCCAUCUCCCCAGGAAAACUCAAAAGGUACAGAAAAAGCUCUGUUCAACUUCAAAGAGCCUCAUCAUUCUGGAAGAAAGGAGGAUAUCCCUAAGCCACCCUCUCCUUCUAGAAAAUUUCAGAUGCAGCAUAUGUGUUCUGAGCCUUGGGUGAAGGCUCCCUCUUCACUUUUUGACCAGAACAGAAUCUCUUCUUUACAAGAAGACCUGCAAGACAUAACUCCAGAGGAAGAGCUAUGUCUAAAAAUCAAUAAUCUUGCCCUAUCUAAGAGAUUUAUCACCAGACAUCAUAGCAUUGAUAUAAAAGAUACCCUUAACUUCUUGAAAAGCUUUGAGCAGACUGUCUCCAGAAAAAUGUCAUGUGAUGAGAUAAAUUCUCACUCACUCUUUGGUGAAGCAAACCACACCCAGAGUGAAAUUCCUGUAGAUCAAAAUUCAGAUUCAGCCCCAAUGAGCUUUGUAUCCACAUUGAAAAACAUUGUUCAGAGAAGAAACCUAGGAGCAAAUCAUUACAGCUCCGAUUCCCAGUUAACUAGAUUAGGCCUUCCUGUAGAAGAUAGUAAGUCACUUCUAGGGAAGAAAAAGCUUCUUUCUCCUUCUCCGUCUUUGUCAUCAAGUUCCAGGGAACUGAUAGAAAACAUGCCUGCAAAUCUACUGAGCAGGAAAAAUCAUACUAUGUUAGAGAGGCGUGGGUCAGGAGCCCUCGUUUCAGAUCAUAUGGCUCAGGUUAGACCUGGCUUUCUACCCCCUUUAAACGUGAAUCCUCAUCCUCUGAUCUCUGAUAGCUAUAAGAUGGUUGCAACGAUUCCAUAUGGGCAGAAAACCCUCGUUCCAACAGCACCCGCUUAUCCCAAGGAAUUAAAAAAUAAGAACUUGCUGAUGAGGAGGCAGUCAUUACAAACCGAGCAGAUCAAGCAACUGGUGAACUUUUAACAAGGAUUAGCAUGCAACCACGGUAUACAACUUGUACAUAUAAACAAUUAUUUUUAGCACGAGUGUUGGCUGCACCAAGUUCUUGGUACCAAGAGUGCAGCAUAUCCAUUUCUGUGACUCAUUAUGAAACAUCUGCCUUGAGAUUUAGUGGCAAAGAAGAUAUGCUGCAGCUCACAUAUUUAGAAUAUUUUUGCCUUUAUCACAGACUUUAUAAUAAAAAAUGAAAAAAACCUGUGGAUAUAUUGCUGUAUAGUGUGCUCCCGAAGCACAUAUAAUACAAACUAGAUCCCACCCCCUUAAUUAAGUUCUAGGCCCAGCCUUCUCUGAUCCAUCUAACUGGUGCCUUAUAUCAAGCAUAUGACCACAUCUGAAGAGUGACAUGGGCUAGAUUAUGUGCAGUGCAGCAAAAAAGAGGAACUGUAUGAUGGUUAUUUCUCUUUACAGUCCUUAAUGCUAAUGGAUUUCAGUACCUUGUUAGUAUCUCUGUGUUUCAUUGUGGCCAAAAUCUAUUUUAUUGUUAAUUUAAUUUAAUUAAUUGAUUUAACAUUUUAAAAGGUUACAAACACUGAAGGAGAGAUAAGUAAACAAACUUGAAAAUGUUGAUCUAUCUACAGUGGAAUUUGCAUAAAUAAUACAAAACAUUGUACCCAUUUUAAAAAGAGCUACAGUUUGAUCCAGCUACAUGGAUGGGGAGCUGGCUUAAUAUUUAUCCAUUCAGACUUCUUCAUUGUUAGUAAAGUGAAUGUUUUCUUCCUGUUUAGUUUUUAAUAUCUUCUGUCUUUUCCCAGGAAGAUGAUAAUCAGCCAGCAUGACUUUGCUGCAUUAAGCAUAUACAAAUUCUCAAUUUAAAGCAUUUAAUAGCAUCCAAAUAGUUUUUACAUGGCCAAAUGCACAGACCCUCAAAUGUGUAAGACCUAGUGAUAUAUGUGAGAAUUGUUUGUUGUAAAUGCUUUAUCCAGUGUAUUCUUGUGCAAUGAAGCCUGUCUGUAAAUUGUACAUGAUCGGGGAAAAGGAAGUGAAAUGGAUAUGAUAAAAAAGUGUGUGUGUAGAGGAGUACCGGUAAGUCUUGCUUUCUCUGGCUGCUAACUUUCAUUCUGUCUGCUUUCCAAUAAUAGUACCAGGGUGUGACUUGAAGGCACAAAAUGCAGCAGCUUUGCUGAUGUUUAGGCAGGCCGCUGUCUAGAUAGAGAUCUCCUGAAAAUGUUACAUAUGACACUUUGUUCUAUGGUAGAAGUGUGAGAGAUAAAUGUACUCAUAUUUUAAAUAAACAUGCGAGUUUGUUGCUCCUUCAUAAAGAUUUCUGCUCUAACGGAGGCUUUAGCCAUGCACUUGCUCUUCCAUGCUGGAGUGGGAAAGGAGGAAGCAUACCAACAAAACCACUGCAUUGAUCAAGCAUUUGCAUAGAGUGCUCAACUUGCACCUUCCUAGGGAUCUGUGAUGAGAAGGCAGGGGUGAGGAGUGCCCAUUCACUCUUGCAUUGUGCAAGGAUGGCCAAUGGCCAUUACCACCACAUUAACUGGGGCAAAAAUGGAUGGAGAAGCAGGAGAUGGGGCAAGAAAUUCUUCUUGAAAUGUGUUGAUGGAAAGUUGUUCUCCAAAACACCGACUGCAAGUCUCUUCUAGUGUUAUUACUAUUAUUAUAGUUAAAGUGCAUCAAAAAGUUCACCUUCAUUUUUCUUAUUAUCUGCCCCUUUUGACCAAAAUUAUCAGGUUCCUCAUGUGUAUCUUCUUUUGCAUAAAGUCAAGUGGCAGUGGAUGGGAUUGCACAUCAAAGGACAGUUGACUGAGGGAAGGUUGGGAUGUUUGUGCAAAGGGUGCACUAGCAUCAGCUUGAGAGAAAGGUCAAUGUGGGGUGUGUAUGUAUAUAUAGGGUACUCCAGUACACAGAUAUUCCUUGCUAGAAGAAGAAUAGUCUCCCUGUAGGAGACUCAAAGGGGCUUACAAUCUCCUUGCCCUUUCCUCCUCACAACAAACACCCUGUGAGGUGGGUGGGGCUGAGAGAGC